AUGGUCGUGCACACAUCACCGAAGAGAUUCAAGAACGAAUUACCUGUUACAAAUGGCGAGAGUAUCAAGGUGAAGGCUUUGGUAGAGAGCGAAGAUGAGAAGAGCGAGGAUGGAAAUCAACUGGGCAACAGUGUAAUCAAGUCGAGAAUAAAGAAGAUUGUCAAGGCAUACCACUCUGUCAUACAGCUCGCCACCGACGGGCAGCCUCGGCCUGCUCUAGGUGAGCAAUCUGACGCCGACGACGGAGGCCCUCCCUCUACGUCCGGUCGGCACUCUCAAUCUCCAUCUCGCCAGCGGUCUGCCUCAGCAUCCCAGUCUCGCCAAUGCACGAGGAUUGUGCAAUAUCAGAUGCUCAGUCGGUUCUGCCAUUCUUGUCAAACGGAGUGUCAUGAUCUCUCUGAGAUGCACAUUCACGCGAGGCUUCACGCAGACGAGCUAUCAAUGGAUUCAUUUCGAGCACCAGCAGAUAACGAGGAGGCGGACGUCCUUCGCUAUCGCUUUCUUGGUGGAUAUAUUCCUCGCGAGAAAAGCUUCGAGAGAAAGUGCAAGACGGCUGCGGAUUUGCUUCAGCCAUGGCAGCGCUUUAUCAGGGGGAUUGACUGGCCAACUCACUACAACAACCGUCUAUCGUCUGCUGAGUUCUCCUUCUCUCGUGAUCGCACCGACCACCAAGCUUCUGUUCUUUACCGCUUGGUGGAGGGCGAGGAGCUGAGGAGUGCACUCUCUGAGAUGCGCAAAAGGGAUGCUGCUGGCUAG